GGCGACUGAUAACCACGCUCAACCAUCUGUAAUAAUCACAACUUUGUCGCAACCUGUUGCUGAGUCCGAGGUUUCGCCACCGCCUUCUUCUCCCCCGCACCUGCAACCUGAGGUGCCGCUGCCGCUUCUACCACCCUCAUUGUCUACGCGAUCAACCUCCGAAUCGACCGACGUCGUUAAAUCUUCUUCGACGCGCACCUCGGCCAAACACAGCGCCAUGGUGCAGAAGGUUACUCCAAAGCACGAGGUCGAGAGUUUGGGGGCGACUGCUACUGCUUGUGCCGCCGGAGCUGCCGGGUCGGUACCCAAAGCGUCCGCUUCUACCAGAUGGCAGGAGAAGGGAACUAGAGGAAGAAGCACCAAAUCAGACAGAGACGAAUGGAAGAAACUCAAGAAAAUCAAAGUUGACAAGUACGAUGACUUCAACGAGUGGAUAGAUGGUGACGUAACAAUGAGAUACCUGCCAAAGGACAUUGAUGCACGCAAACAUCUUAGCGGCUGGGCCAUGAGAAACACUAAUAAUCACAACAAGAAAGUCCUCAAGAAAUCGUGUCUCGGAGUGUUCCUGUGCUCGAAAGGAUGCCGAACAAGUUCGGGAGAAAUCGUGACUGUUCGGCCAGCCACUUCGGAUCGUGCUCGGAAGAAGCAAGGCGAUAAGAAAUGCCCAAGGACCGGUUGCGAUGGCAAACUCUUUCAUAUGAUCUGCGCUGGCAAAUCAGGCUACCCUGUCACGCACUUCUGGCGAGUAACUGAUACCGUGAUCCUAUUCCAAUCGAAGGGAGUCCAUGAUCAUCCUCGCCCGGACGUAGUCAAGACUACAUCACAAGCCAAGCUAGCUCUACUAGAGUACCAUCGUACACACAGACACGAGAGGCCUAAGGAGAUAUGCAAGAAAGUGGGUACGCACAUUCACAAAUCCUUCAACCGAGUUGACCGCGUGGCUCGCCAGCUCCGUGAAGUCCAGAAUUCGGAUGUAUCACAACCAACAUCAGAAGUACCCAAAGAACACUACUCUCUCCGCUCACAUAUCCGUUCAUUGUACAGCAAUGGAGGACAGCGACAGACUGACAUGGAUGACCACCCGUUCGCUGCCGGUCAAGGUACCUAUCAAACUGCAUACAGCAGUCGACAAUCUUAUGCAAACUACUACCCGACCCAACCCCAGAUGGACGGCUGGACUCACUUCAACGCCUCACAGGACGAUUAUAACACAGCUUUCCAGAGCUACAGACCAGUGGACGGACAACAUUCAUCGACCACGUCGGGUUAUCAGCAUCAGACGCCUGGCUACCCGUACAAUCCUCCUCUCCAUUCCGCUGACGGUACGACCUACGAUUACGGGUAUGGUGGCAGCGCAGUCAUCGCGGCGGCGGCUACGUCAUCGGGUGUGCCGAAAGGACACGAUGGAAUGGACAUCGCUGGAGUGCCGACAUACCAUAACUACCCUGUAGACUCGUCGAAUUUCUUAGUGAGCAACCAGUCGAAUGGGUUGGAGAUGAACCAUGUGGUGAAUACUGUCUACGGCACGACAGAGUUGACAAGCCCUCAGCAGGGUCAUACCAUCCUUACGCCGGUGAAGCAGACGGUUAUAUCCCCGUUAAAGCGACCUGCACCGCCUGAUCUUCACUCUCUGCAGGAGACUAAGCACCCUCGUCUGAGCAACGAAUCUUCAAUCAUCGGCGAGACCUCAACCAUCAAGCUUGCUGAACAUACACCUUCCAUCAACAUUGAUCUCUCAAAUUUCUCAGACAUUUUCGACAUCCCUGCUGCCCUAGGUGAUGAAGGACUCGCAGGACGCCCAAAGACACCCGUCUACCAGUCCCUCUCCCCAGCGGUUCCCCUGCGUGAUUGUGAUGUUGCAGGAACCUCCAGGAAGCCUGAAGAUGGGUCUUUGAAAGAGGAGCGCAUGUGUUCCAGCGCUUCUCCUGACAUGUCGCAACAACACUCGAGCGUUGAUGGUAAUUCAGCAGUCGCUAGUCCCGCCAGUAGUGUCGGUAGCCAUAGUUCUUAUGAAUCACCUUCAUAUCAUCAACCUGUUCUAACAACUCUCAGUACACAUGCACCCCACAGUGUUUCAAUCAAUGGGCAAGUCACUACAGCGCCCUCUGGGACCAACGAACAAGAUGGCAACUUCCUUGACCAACUCGUCUCGCUGUACCUCGGUAAAGAAGAGAAGCCCAUCUCAACGCUGAAGAAUGAGCUCCAGGUUUACACCGACCCACAAUCUGGACAGCGUACCUUGACCUACCGUACCAACGACCAGUCCCAUCUCGGUCCAGCUCUGGAACACUUCAGAGCACCAGGACAUAGUGGACAUCUCGAAGGCUACAGUUUGUACGACCGCACCCAAUCUUACAACUCAUCCAAUGGAGUUAUCCCCGUCACAGAAGGUUUGAUCAGCCCACUUAUGACCGGUCACUUUGACUACACCACAUCAAUCACUGACUUCUAUAACAGUCAGCAAGCCGCCGCUGCUGCUGCCGCUGCCGCUUCUGCAACGACCGACGCGACGCUGUCGAACUUUUCAUCCACGAGCCAAGCAUCAAUGCCGUCUUCCUCAUCGGGUUCAUUUGGACAUACUACAGCCAGAUAUGUUUUAUAAUAACUAAUUGGUUAUCUUUGACGACUGAAGAAAAAAAAAACAGUACACCCAAUAUGAUAUUACAGGAAGACCAUGAAGAUCGAUCUUCUUUUUUUAAAUAAUACUACAACAAUAAUUCUGUACUAUAAUGCUGACCUGCAAUAUGUAAGUACUACUUUUUCUUGCACUCUCGUAUACUUCUCUUACGAUAUUUAAAUAACCAAGUCCAGAUAAAAGAAUAUAAUACGCCAGUACUUUAAAUCAUUUUUUUUUUCAAAAGCAUGAAAUUAAGGAUAUUAUGGCUUCACAAAACGAAACAAAAUCGUGUGUGAGAAGUCAUACUCUGAUUGGAAUAACAAUAUCAUUCAUUUGAUACAUUAUGUCAUAACUCUUUUAAUGUUUCACUUCUCACCCCC